UUUAUUUAAGGAUUUCCGGCUUAAGUUAUGAAUACAGGCAAUGCCUAGUGAACUUAGAACUAUCAGGCAUUCUGUGAUCAACUUGUUGUCGUUUGAUAUUAAGAUGAGUAACUGUUGUCCUUCAGAGCGGUUGUUGUAUGAAUAAUUUCAUAGAACAAUAUUGAUAUCAUAUAAGCACCGACUUAUUCUUAAAUAGAAUUUCAGCACAGAGACAUUAACAUUGGGUCGGAACAUCGCGAGACCAUACCGGAGUUUGGGUAGUCAAUGUAUCAAGUAAACAGACAAGUGUUCGUUCCAGACGGUUGUUACUUUUCUUAAAAUCUAUAUUCACGUCAGUGGUUUAGUAAGCUGAAAUUGCAAUUAUUGCAACCAGUUUGAAGAAGCAAAAUGACACGUCUUUAUUUUAGCGGUUUAGAUGUAUUGCGCAUGCGCAGGGGCCGUUAGGUAUUAUAACUUUCUGGUGGUUUGUGAUGUCAAUGAGUUUCUUUGCAAUGUUGUAAAUUCCAUGAUAAAAAAUUCAUGGGUGAAAGUGAAAAUGUAACACAACAAAAAUUAUAGAAAGACCAUGGAAAUGCAAACACAUAAUAUCCCACAUUCUGCCUUAGAUGGAUUUCUUUGAUCAUUUUCCUAGCAAAGUUGCUAGCAAUGACCUGAUCACAGCAAAGAUCACAGACAUAUGAUAGGGUUGUAAGAAUCACUUCAUGCAUAGGCAACAAAACAUAGCUUUAUACAAAAUCAUAGUGUCCAAUCAAAUCACAGAAUCUACAGACAAUCAAACUAAUCAGAUUGCACAGGUCAUGCUUGAAGUUGAGCAAUAAAACAAGGGAAAAGUCGUAGUUGUGUUUGACAGACUUUUUAUUAAAACAAUGCUAGUGAGGACCCUCCUUGUAGGUCCACGAUUGUACAGGACAAACAUUUCACAUGCACUUAUUCAAAUGCUGGUAAAAUGAAAAUAGUUGAGGAACCCAAUACGUUUGGGCUCAACAAUCCCUUUUUGGCCCAAGGAAGUAGACUCCAACCCAGGGUGACUCCAGGCCCUGUGUCAGGACCAGCGCAUAUCCAAAGACUAGCAGGAAAGUGCUUCAGUUACAUAGAGUCGACGUAUAAAUAUGAAUUCUGUCCAUUCCACAACAUCACCCAGCACGAGCAGUCAUUCAGGUGGAAUGCUUACAGUGGAAUUCUGGGAAUCUGGCAGGAGUGGGAGAUUGUGAACAACACCUUUUUAGCCAUGUGGAUGAGAGAGGGAGAUGCCUGUGGGAAUAAAAACAGGCAAACCAAGGUCAUUCUGACCUGUGGUGGAAGUAACAAGUUGGCUCAAGUGUCAGAGCCCACCACCUGUGUAUAUUCUGUUACCUUUGAGACGCCAUUAGUAUGCCAUCCACAUUCUCUAUUAGUGUACCCUACACUGAAUGACAAGCUGCAGAAGGAGUGGGAUGAAGCUGAACAGGCGUAUUACGAUGACCUCAUUACCAAGCAGGGCUACAAUAACCUACUGAGGGAGAUUUUUGAAGAUGCUGGUUUCCUAAAAACCCAAAAAGUAGAGAAGCCGAAUACCACAACUACCUUGAAGAAACAUGACUCCUUGCAGAAAUGCAAUGAGGACGCCCGUAAACAGAGUGAAGAGAUUCAUAGACUACAAGCUCUACUUACUCAACAUAACAUUCCCUAUGAUUCAAAGCCUGAUAAGUCAAAGAGUUCAUUGAGUAGGACUGUGCAGGAUGGACACCUACGGGGUGACAAUGGCCUCAUCGCCGACAUACUCUGAGGAACCCAGACGUUCAUGUGAAUUACUCAUAACUGUCAACCACAUACAAAGAAGGCAGAUGUCACGCAAUAAACAUGGCAGUUCAGCUUUAGAAGUCGGGCAUAUAAAAGUGUGUGUGUGUCUGUGUGUGUUUCAAAAUUCCACUUUUGCUAGUUAACCUUGUUUUCUGUGCUGUGUGAGGACUACUAAUACUUUCCAUUUAUAUACCUUAAUCAAUACCCCCCCCCCCCCCAUUUACUAUCUGGACUUACAUCAUUACUUUACUGACAAAGGAAUCCAAGUUAGGUAUAAAUUGUAAAAACCUACAGAUAGUGUAUGUUUUUUAAAAUGGGAGGUGACAUUCUAAACUUUUGCCUCAUAAGGCUUGUUCACACAGUACCUACCCCCACGGCUAAGCAAAUGUUCACAUCUGCAUAUUUUGAAGUGGGCUAGCACCACCCUUGCCUAGGGUUAAACCUUAGCCCAGGGUUAACAAACUCUUAUGAACAAAGGCUAAGCUAACAUGUGGCCAAUCUUAGCCUGGGUCUAAGAACAUUGCAGUGUGAAAUGGCCAAUAUUAAUCUUUUAACUUUUCAUAUUCCUUCAGUGUACAGCAAAAACAGCAAUUUGGACUUCACUGGCCUAAUACUGUGUUCCAUUGGGAUCUUCCAAGGCAUCUGACUCACCAGUGAUUGCAAUGCCUGGAAACAAGCUUGGUAUGUUUGGUUCAGAAGCUCUCGAAGAGUUUGCAUUCCAGAUGCACUCCACAGCAGCUACUUGUCAGAAUGUUGUUGUCCCAAUGCUCUCAUCCUUCUCAUGGGCUAGUUCUCUGCGGCUGUUUACAUACUUUACAUAUUUUAGCGGUAGGAUUUUGAGGGGGUUUUACCCAGAUCCUCGCCAUUGAAAUUAUCAACAUUUUUCAGUCAGACUUCUACUUCCAUUUCAGAUUGCGUGUUACCACUGCUGUCACCCAGAUAAUAAUCUUUGGGUGAUAGACCAUGGAUUAACAGCCAUUUAGCUAAAAUAAAAGACUGCACUGCAACAGUA